AUCACCAAACAAGCAAGCUAGCUGGUCACCAGUUGUUAACAUAUACAUCAGCAAGCUCCACGAAAGCAAGAAGAAGAAGAAACAUGACGACCACUGCUGCGGUCGUCAAGCUCCUGACAGCCGUACUCCUCUUCUUCGCCGUCUCUCUUCGGGGUACCAAGGGCGAGCCAUGCGGCACGUCCAGCAUCCACGUGCAGACCGUCAACACGGGCGCGACGGCGGCUGCCGGCGACACGCUGUUCGAGGUCCAGGUGAAAAACCUGUGCUUAUGCAGCGUCAGGAACGUGCGCGUGGACGGUGGCGGCUUCGCGACGACGGUGGAGGUCGACCCGGCCCUGUUCCGCCCAGUGGACGGCGGUGUCUACCUAGUGAACGCCGGCGAGUCCAUCGCGAGCAUGGGCAUCGUGAGCUUCCGUUACGCUUGGGACCACUUCUUCCAGUUGACUCCUAGGAGCUUGGAGGUCGACGGCCAGGGCUAGUAGCUACUCACUCCGUUUCUUUUUAUUUAUCGCUGGAUAAUGUAAAAUUUCAAUAUCCAGCGAUAAAUAAAAAAACGGAGGGAGUACUAGCUACCAAACUACUAGAGUCGUAGCAAGCUGGUUGCCUUGUUGAAGUAUACUGUAGUGUGGGGCUGUGGGCUGUAUAUCGCUUUUGAUAUACAGUGCUAGUAAUAACGCAUAAAUCUUCCACGA